UUAAUAAAAGUGAAAGUGAAAGGAACUCUAACAACACCGACGCCAUCAGCUACAGAAGGAGCGGAGGGAGGAUGACGGACUCGUUUUUGGAGCAGAGAACUGCAGCAUGUCCACUGUCCUACUGUAUCUGAGAAGACUGAAAACCUCAUGAUGGAGCCUCAUCAUCUACAUCUUCAUCCCUUCAGCAGUGGUGAAGGAACCUAUGACUCAAAACUGCAGACACACAGAGCAGAACCUCCAGAGCCCAGCUGUGUGUCUUUAAAGAGCAACAACUCAACGUUUGAACCUCCUUAUGUCAAUUAUGAAAACAUCAGUACUGACCUGAGCUGGAAGAGAUUCAGAGGAGAACCUUUAGAGCCCAGCUGUGUGUCUUUGAAGAGCAACAACUCAAUGUUUGAGCCUCAGAAUUUCAGUAAUGAACAAAACAGUACUGACCUGAGACUGCAGAAAUUCAGAGUAGAACCUCCAGAGUCCAGCUAUGUGUCUUUGAAGAGCAAUAACUCGAUGUUUGAGCCUCCUAAUUUCAGUAAUGAAAGAACCAGUACUGACCUGAGUUGGAAGAGAUUCAGAGCAGAACCUCCAGAGCCCAGCUGUGUGUCUUUGAAGAGCAAUAACUCGAUGUUUGAGCCUCCUAAUUUGAGGAAUGAAAGAACCAGUACUGACCUGAGCUGGAAGAGAUUCAGAGCAGAACCUCCAGAGCCCAGCUGUGUGUCUUUGAAGAGCAGUAACUCGAUGUUUGAGCCUCCUAAUUUGAGGAAUGAACAAACCAGUACUGACCUGAGACUGCAGACAUUCAGAGCAGAACCCCCAGAGCACAGCUGUGUGUCGUUGAAGAGCAACAACUCAGUGUUUGAGCCUCCAAAUUUCAGUAACGAAAGAACCAGUACUGACCUGAGCUGGAAGCGAUUCAGAGCACAACCUCUAGAGCGCAGCUGUAUAUCUUUGAAGAGCAACAACUCGAUGUUUGAGCCUCCUAACUUCAGUAAUGAAAGAACCAGUUCUGACAUGAGACUGCAGGCAUUGAGAGUAGAACCUCCAGAACCCAGCUGUGUGUCUUUGAAGAGCAACAAUUCAAUGUUUGAGCCUCAGAAUUUCAGUAAUGACAGAACCAGUUCUGACCUGAGACUGCAGGCAUUGAGAGUAGAACCUCCAGAACCCAGCUGUGUGUCUUUGAAGAGCAACAACUCAAUGUUUGAGCCUCAGAAUUUCAGUAAUGACAGAACCAGUUCUGACCUGAGACUGCAGGCAUUGAGAGUAGAACCUCCAGAACCCAGCUGUGUGUCUUUGAAGAGCAACAAUUCAAUGUUUGAGCCUCAGAAUUUCAGUAAUGACAGAACCAGUGCUGACCUGAGAUUGCAGAGAUCACUGCUUGAGCCUCCUUUAUUCAGUAAUGAAAAAAACAGAACUGACCUGAGCUGUGGUGGGGAAUCAUCACUUCAGGAUCAGUCCAAGUGUGGAUUGUGUGAGCAGAUUCAGACAGAUUCAGUCUCUAUCACCUGUGGACACACAUUCUGUAGACAGUGCAUCAACAGCUAUUGGAACCAGUCUGCUCAGUCAGGUGACUUUGUCUGUCCCCACUGUAGAAAGAGGUUUAAAACACGUCCUGUUCUGUAUCAACACAUAGAGGAGUCCAUGAAGCAGGAAGCAGUGGGUGAUGUCCUGCACAGAGUCAUACAGAGACACAAAACCAGCAUGAAGAACAGAUACGAGAGCUUAUUUGAGGGAUUCAAAACACAAGAGAAUAAAACCCUCCUGAACAGGAUUUACACUCAGCUCUACAUCAUAGAGGGAGAGAGUGAAGGAGUGAAUGAAGAACAUGAAGUUUUACAGAUUGAAAAAACACUCUGGAACCAGCACUUGCAAGAUACACCAAUUAACUGCUUAGGAAUCUUUAAACCUGUACAGUGCACUGUAGAAGAAAUGGAAGAAGACAGCAUCAGAACUGUGAUGGCUGAAGAUGUCAAACAUGAAGGAAGAGAAGAAGAUAAAGGUCCACAAGUGCAGAAACUCAGAACUGUGCUGACUAAAGGCAUUGCUGGCAUUGGAAAAACAGUCUCUGUGCAGAAGUUCAUUCUGGACUGGGCUGAAGGAAAAGCCAAUCAGGAUGUAGAUUUGAUGUUUGUUCUUCCAUUCCGAGAGCUGAACCUGACUAAAGAUCACCAGUACAGUCUUCAUAGACUUCUGUGUGACUUCCAUCCUGAGCUCAGAGAUCUGGACACAAAGAUAUAUGAUGAGUGUAAAAUAGUGUUCAUAUUUGAUGGCCUGGAUGAAAACAGAAUUCCACUGAACUUCUUACAGUGUAAGAACCUGUCAGACAUAACCAAGGAGUCACCACUGGAUGUGCUGAUGACAAACCUCAUCAAAGGUGAGCUGCUUCCCUCUGCUCACAUCUGGAUAACCUCUCGACCAGCAGCAGCCAAUCAGAUUCCUUGUCAGUACAUCAACCGUGUGACAGAAAUUCAGGGAUUUAAUGACCCACAGAAGGAGGAAUACUUCAGAAAGAGAAUCAGUGACCAAGACCAAGCCGACUUUAUCAUCUCACACAUUAAGAAAACAAGGAGUCUCCACAUCAUGUGUCACAUUCCAGUCUUCUGUUGGAUCUCAGCCACUGUUCUUCAGCACAUAAUGAAACAGGGUAUUUCAGAAAUCCCUAAAACUCUGACUGAAAUGUAUUCACACUUCCUGAACACUCAGACAAUCAUGAGGAAUGAGAAGUAUGAGGAUAAAUAUGAGAGAAGUCCAAAGUAUCUCUUGGGAUCCAACAGAAAGUUGCUUCUGAAACUGGCUGAACUGGCUUUCAAACAGCUGAUGAAGGGCAAUGUGAUGUUCUAUGAAGAAGACCUGAAAGAGUGCGGUAUUGAUGUGUCUGAGGCCUCAGUGUACUCUGGCAUUUGCACUGAGAUCUUUAGAGAAGAAUUUUUGCUGUACCAGAAGAAGGUCUACUGCUUUGUUCAUCUGAGCUUUCAGGAGUUCCUGGCUGCUCUCUAUGUGUUUCAUUGCUAUGUGAGCCAGAACAAGGAGGAACUGCAAGUUUUUAAGAUAAAGAACACAAAGCAGUCUGACAGUAUUUCAUUGGAAGAUCUGCUAAGGGGAGCUGUACAAAAAGCUGUAAAGAGUGAGAAUGGAAACCUGGAUCUAUUUCUCCGUUUUCUGCUGGGAAUUUCACUGGAGUCUAAUCAACAGCUCUUAAAAGACCUUCUGACUCAAACAGUAAGCAGCUCAGAGAGCAUCAACAAAACAGUUCUGCACAUCAAACGCCUAAUACCAUCAAAGAAUCUUUCUUCAGAGAAAUCCAUCAACCUGUUCCUCUGUCUCACUGAAAUGAAUGACCAGUCUUUAUCCAAAAAAAUCCAGGAAUAUCUGAAAUCCAAGAAAGGCUUCAAAAAGAAACUCUCUAGUGGAGAGUGUUUAGCACUGGCCUACAUGCUUGUGACUUCAGAGGAGGUGUUCGAUGAGCUGAACCUGAAGAAUUACAACGCAACCAGGAGUGGUUAUUUGAGAUUGAUCCCAGCUGUGAGCAACUGCAAAAAGGCUAUACUAGCUAACUGUAAACUCACCAUGCACUCCUGUGAAACUCUGUGCUCUGCUCUGAAAUCAACAAACUCACCCCUGAAAGAACUGGACCUCAGUUACACUGGCCUGCAGGACUCAGAAGGGAAGCUGCUCACUGCUGGAUUGAAGAGUUCAAACUGUGUACUGGAGAUACUCAGACUAUCUUGGUGUAAUAUUGGGAGAAAGUCCUGUGAAAAUCUGGGAUCGGCUUUACAACUGGUAAACUCCUCCCUGAAAGAGCUGGACGUCAGCAACAAUGACCUUCAGGAUUCAGGAACAGAGCUGCUCUCUGCUGGACUGAAGAGUCCACACUGUAAACUGGAGAUACUCAGACUAUCUUCAUGUAACAUAGGGAAAAAGUCUUGUGAAAAUCUAGGAUCAACUUUACAACUGGUAAACUCCUUCCUGAAAGAACUAGACCUCAGCAACAAUGACCUUCAGGAUUCAGGAACAGAGCUGCUCUCUGCUGUACUGAAGAGUCCACACUGUAAACUGGAGAUACUCAGACUGUCUUCAUGUAAUAUUGGGAAAGAGUCUUGUGAAAAACUGGGAUCAGCUUUACAACUGGUAAACUCCUCCCUGAAAGAGUUGGACCUUAGGAAAAAUGACCUUCAAGAUUCAGGAACAGAGCUGCUCUCUGCUGUACUGAAGAGUCCACUCUGUAAACUGGAGAUACUCAGACUAGAUUCCUGUAAUCUUGGGGAAAAAUCUUGUGAAAAUCUGGGAUCAGUAUUACAACUGGUAAACUCUUCCCUGAAAGAGCUGGACCUCAGUAACAAUGACCUUCAGGAUUCAGGUGCAGAGCUGCUCUCUGCUGGACUGAAGAGUCCACACUGUAAACUGGAGAUACUCAGACUGUCUUACUGUUUAAUUGCAGAGGAAGGCUGUUCUUCUCUGGCUUCAGCUCUGAGUUUAAACCCCUCACACCUGAAAGAACUGGAUCUGACCUACAACCACCCAGGAGAGUCAGCAGUGAAGCUGCUCUCUGCUAGACUGGACGAUCCACACUGUAGACUGGACACACUCAGGGUGGAUUAUGGGGGGGAGGUGUGGAUGAAACCAGGACCAAAGAGAUAUUCCUGUGAGGUCACUCUGGAUCCAAACACAGUGCACAGACGUCUCUCUCUGUCUGACGGGAACAGAAAGGUGGAGAAUGUGGGAUCUUCACAGUCGUAUCCUGAUCAUCCAGAGAGAUUUGAUUACUGGGAUCAGGUUCUGUGUAGAGAGAGUCUGACUGGACGCUGUUACUGGGAGGCUGAGUGGAGCGGGAUGGUUUAUAUAGCAGUAACAUAUAAAUCAAUCAGCAGGAAAGGAAACAGUGAUGACUGUCAGUUUGGAGGGAAUGUAAAGUCCUGGAUUCUGAGAUGCUCUAAUAACAGUUACUCUGUCUGUCACAAUAAUAACAGCACUGAUCUCUCUGCUCAUCCCUCCAGCUCUGGGACAGUAGGAGUGUAUCUGGACUGUCCGGCCGGCUCUCUGUCCUUCUACAGAGUCUCCACUGAUAAACUGACCCAUCUACACACUUUCAACACCACAUUCACUGAACCUCUAUACGCUGGGUUUACAGUUUGGAGUAACGGCUCAGUGUGUUUAAAAUAAAAUAACAAUGUGUCUGAGAACAGUUUACUCUCUCUCUCUCUCUCUCUCUCUCUCUCUCUCUCUGUCUUUCUCUCUGUCUUUC